UCUCCUCCUGCUUGUACCUGGGGGCAGGUGUAUCUGUACACAGCUGGGUCCCUACCUGUAAACAGGUGAGCUUCUACCUGCACACAGGUGAGUCUACCUGAGCACAGGAACCACCUCAGAGCCACCAGCCCCUGGUCUGUCGGACCCUCAUCGCCCACCGGAGUUCUGCGUCAGUAACGAGGGCCGCGAGAGAAGAGGGCAGAAUGGAUCACAAUCAGGCGGACUUCCUGAAGAGUCUCAUUGGUCUCCUCAACUUCCUCUGCUGGGUGUGCGCGGUGUUCGUGGUGGGCUUCGGGGAGUUCCAGAGGAUGAACUCCCUGUUCGGGGCUGUGGUGCCCGGCUUCCUGCCCAUCUACCCCACCAACACGCUGAUCGUCACCGGAACCAUCGCCUGCUGCGUGUGCUACGUGGGCGUGCUGGGGGCCAUGAAGGAGAACCGCUGCAUGCUCAUCAUGUUCUUCCUCCUGCUCUUCAUCCUGAUACUGGUGGAGUUGGCCAUGGGCAUCUUGUUCAUGGUCUACGUCACAAAGCUUGACAGCUACCUGGAGAGCGACCUGAUGGGCAGUCUAGAGGCGCUGAGGACCGCCCAGCCGGACACCAACAAGACCCUCCGUGACGACUUUGACGCCCUCCAUUACCUGUUCCAGUGCUGUGGAGUCCGCGGGGAGGCCGACUGGGAGGGAAACGCGCCGGUCUCAUGCUGCAGUCAGGAAGAGUGUGACAGUGCCCCCUACGACACCUGGUCAGAGGGCUGUCUCCAGAAGCUGAGGAACUGGUUCUCUCACAACUUCCGCAGUACGGGCGCAGGCGUGAUCGCUCUCGCAAUCCUGAAGCUGGUUUGCAUGUGUGUUACAGUUCCCCUGCUCGUCCUUCUCAGACAGAACCGUCUGGGGUACAUCUGAAUAACUUAGUAGGGGUUGGGGAGUUGGACUCGCACCCCUAUCCGUCCCUCAGGGACAUUAUUCCCUGCAAGUCAAGUUACAGCCUCGGUUCAAUGCCAAAACUGAUCGAUAAUGAUAACAUGAAUGAAUGUAAAUAGUAUAAUAGUUUUAACAAGCAAGUCUUUUCCAGUGAGACUAAUUGAUGCGCAAAUGUUUUUCUGACCUUCCUUAAGCCCAUGAGCAAGCACCAGCCUACUUGUACUCUAAAUGAGAAACCUUUGAUAAAAACAGGUUGCUAAUGCUUUCCUAUUACAGUAUUAUGUAGAGAUUGUAAUGUGUGGGCAUCUGUCUUUAGUUAUGUGGUUAUAUUAACUAUCUUUCACUUUAUCACAACUUAUUAGUGUUUCCUUUCAUGACAUGGCAAAAUGACGUCCUAUAAAAAUGAUCUGUCUCUCACUAUGUUAGUCAUAGUGUAUUUAUAGAUGUUCGGCACUGCUAACAUAUGCUAAACUAACAAGGCUAAUCAGUGUGGUAUAUUGUGUAUCAGGAUCAGAAUAAAGCUCAGGUCCGUGGAGGACAUCAAGUCAA